UGAAACACCACUAAGCAGUGACAGCAGAGGUGGGCGCACGGACCGUCUCUCUCCUUCGCAGUAUUUCAAAAGGGGAACUCUUCUGUGGACUGCUAUACACCAAGGUAAAUGUCAUAGCGAACGACUGCAUUUAGUUUUUGGUGGAGCAGAUAGAAAAUGGAAUAUUGCUAUUGCAAUUUCAGGGAAUGAACUGUCACAUAUUACUGUAUGUUUCAAACAAUUAUAACAAGGACUCUCUUUUAAAAACAACUGGACAAAUUGCAUGACCUUGUGCGGGCUAUAUCGGACUAAGCAGGAACCAAUUAUAACCAUCGGAUUAACUACAAUUUGAAAUGGAGACAGCGGAAUCCAAAAUAUCAGUAUGGGUCUGCCGAGAGGAGAAGCUAGUCUCUGGGCUGUCUAGGCGCACUACCUGUGCCGAUGUUGUCAAAGUACUCCUGGAUGAUCAAAACUUACAGCAAGGCGUUUCUGCAGCCAUGCUCUCCGGAACUCCGGAGUCUUACUGCAUUGUAGAAAAAUGGAGAGGGUUUGAGAGGAUUUUGCCAAAUAAAACAAAGAUUCUUCGUCUGUGGAGCGCGUGGGGAGUGGAGCAGAAAAAUGUGAGGUUUGUGCUGGUGAAGAACGAGGCGUCUUUACCUAACAACGGACCCCGCAGCGCAGAGGCGCGGGUUGUUCUCAGCAAGGAGAGCCCGUGUGUACAUAAGGGAAUGGCGAGAGUGACCACGGCUUUUUCACAAGAAAAACAGAGACGGAUUGUACGAAAGGCUUUCAGAAAGUUGGAUAAAAUUAAUAAAAAGAGAGAAGAAAGUUUGUUUAAGGAUACAUCCGCAGUGGAGAAAAUGGAAACAUUAGUGCACCUGGUCAUAUCGCAAGACCACACUAUCCGCCAACAGAUUCACCGAAUUAAAGAGCUGGAUAGGGAGAUUGAAAGGUACGAAGCAGUAAUUCACUUUGACAGAAUGAAAAGGCAUGGGAUCAAUUACGUGCAGGAUACGUAUCUGGUUGACGCGAACCCGGAGCCUGGCGCGAGUGGCGAGGGUGACAGGCAAUGUUCAUCCGAAACUUUUGCCCAGUUCGAGGAAUAUGUUAGUAGAUGCAAUGAAGUCAUUAAGCUGGAGGAGGAGCUGGCCGAACACCAGGCACUUAUGGACAGUAUUACAGUGGAGAUCCAGGAGGAGCUGAAUCAAAGGUGGAUGAAACGACGCCAAGACGAUCUUUCGAAUAAAGACGGAGAAAGCAUCAGAAAGGAUGCUGUCACACGACUUACCGAAACAGACUCGGCUCCCGUGGAAGCUGAAAUUUCACCUGAAGAGGAGUUGCUCCUGGAAGAAGACAGGGUCAAAACGCAGCUGGACACGAGCUUGUACAUUGGACUUCGUUUGAAUACGGAUUUGGAGGCUAUUAGAGACGAUUUGGACUUGAGCCAGGAGCUGUGGAACGCGAAAGAGGAAGAGUUAAGGGAUUUGCUCGAAAAAGUGGACUCUUUGGAUUUAGAGGAAAAUGUGCAACCGUCUCCGCCAGAGAACGGCAAUGAAAGGGUAACAGACGGCGAAAUGUUCCAUUCCUUGGAAACGAACAGCGAGUGGGUCGAACAGGCUAGGGGGCUUUCAAAGACAUGCAACACUAAUGACGAGGACUCGGACACUGGACUCAGUUCCAUGCACAGUCAGGACUCGGACAACGCAGCAAUUUGCGAGUCACUGGUUUAACUGGUUUUUAAAAAGCAAAAUUGCUGCCAAGUCAACUCAGUUUUAUACCUUGCUUUUAUCUUCCAGAAGCCUGACAUGGGUCAUUUAUUAACAAGGUGAUGCCACCAAUAAUAGUCUGUCAAGAUGGACGAGGCAAAAUAUUUUUUUUACUAAAAUGCACACCUAUAGUAACACCACACUGUCGAUUAUUAACUUAAUAUGUUUAUAACGUAAGUUCAUGUUCCGUCGUUGUCAUCAGACCUGAACGUGUUGAAAAGACUGAUUGUUCAUGUAUACUGGAAAUGUUAUGCGUGAGACUUACAAUUGUUAUUUAUGUCAAACUAUGUAGAA